AUGAUCUCGCCAACCCCGCGAGGUGCAGUUGAGGAUCCAACCAACCUCCUGCAUCUUCUCCGGCAGUCUUUGCGGACAGUUUCUCCGGUCCUGCCCAGGUCCUCCGCCUCUCCGUCUUAUCUCGAGAAGGACUUGGCAAUGUGCUCUCACGUUCACCUUCGAUGUGAUCAAUUCCGCCGGCCUCUGGAACCGCCCUUUGACGGCCCAUUCCGGGUGCGCUCUCGCGGGACGAAGACCUUCCGCAUCCAACGCGACAAUCGUGAAGAGGUCGUGAGUGUGCACCACCUCAAGGCUGCCGUCUCGGACACUCCUGCGGAUGAGCCCUGUGGUCCUCUACCUUCUGCUCCCCCACCUGCAGCCUCUAUUCCACCGUCCCGUAUUUUCCCUCUGCCCUCCCGUGCGCUACCUCCGACUGCCGCCACUAACUCCAACACUUCUACCACGAGGUGGUUUCCAGAUUCUCCGAAUGGACCGAAACGAACGAAGGGGUUGGGGAUUGCGAUAUUUAUACGAGAUGGCAUCGACUACGUCAGGUUUGAGUCUUCCUAUUUCGGCACAUUGAUUGUGAAAUACCCAGUUGUUACUUGA